AUCGAUUCAUUGCAACUAAUGCGUGUAAACAUAACCACGUGUUUACGUAUGACAAAAAUGGAAAUAGAAGAAAUUAAAAACGAAGAGGAAUUAAAACCGUCCCAAAACGGUGAGGUUUUAUUACCACAGAUAAUUAAACACAAUUUCAUAAAGAACAAGGAGAUCCGCAAUCGACAAUAUCAGAAAUUAAAGCGAGAAAAGAAGAAGCUAAAAAAGAAAGAACGAGCCAAGAAGAAAGAGGAGGAUGCGCCCAAGAAGGCUCCCCAUACAAUUGAAAGUUUAAGGGAGAAGGACGAGACGUCCGUGGGCGAUUUAUCAGCGGAAGAAAAUGUGGCUGUCCUCGCCGACAUACAACAGGACGAAUUCAGCGAUUAUUACCAGAACACCUACGAACCGAAGGUGGUCAUCACUUACUCUGACAACCCGACGAAGAAGACUCGCAUAUUCGGCCGCGAGCUCACCCGUAUGAUCCCCAACUCGAAAUCCUUCUAUCGCAAUCGAUCGAGUGUCAAAAAGAUGGUCAAGAGCGCCAAGGCGGAGAACUACACCGACAUCAUAAUCAUAAAUGAAAACCGCAAGCAACCCAACGGGAUCCUCGUAAUUCACCUGCCCGACGGGCCGACCGCCCACUUCAAGCUGAGCAACGUCCGUAUCACGACGGAAAUGCGCAAGACGCACAAGGCGAUUACCGAGCACCGGCCCGAGGUCAUCCUCAACAACUUCACCACCCGGCUCGGGCUGACGAUCGGCCGAAUGCUCGGCUCGCUCUUCCACUACAACCCCGAGUUCGAGGGGCAGCGCGCGGUCGCCUUCCACAAUCAGCGCGAUUACAUCUUCUUCCGUCAUUACAAGUACGAUUUCGACGCAAACGGAAAGAAGGCGAAAUUGAGGGAGCUCGGACCGAGGUUCACGUUGAAGCUGCGCUCGUUGCAGAGGGGCACAUUCGAUAGUAAGUACGGGCAGUACGAGUGGAUCAUUGAGGGGAGAAGGCACGCGAUGGAGACGAGUCGCAGAAAGUUCUUCUUGUAAAUAAAUGCUUUUCGCUUUACUUUAUUAUUAAAAGCGCAUUAUUAUUUA